AUGGAUGAGGAUAAUUGCAGUCAUAAUAAUUUAGAUGGUGCAUUCUGUGUAGGCUGUGGGCUAGAAAUAGAUGCAAUUUAUCUGGUGUGUGAUGAAUAUAGGCCAAUAAAAGUAGAAAACAAAGGAAAAUACACUAUUAAGAACGAGAUUGUUGACUACAAAGUAAAAGUUCGAAAAAUGCUUAGUAAUUUCAACAUGGUGAUGUUGGAAGAAAGUGUUCUAAAUACAGUAAGAGGGAUGAAGUUUAAGGCAAGAUUAUCGGCAAAUGACAGAAUAUUACUGAUCCUGUACGAUAAAUGCAAAAUGGAGAAUAUACCGCUGCUUAUUGAUGAUAUUCUCAAGUACAGCAACCUGAAGAAAGAAAAAUUACUAAGAAUUCACAGAGAUGAUUUUGAGUAUAAGAAGAAGGAAACGAGUCUCCUAAUGAGUUCAUUCAAUAGAGCGGCUGACUAUGCAACCAACAACUACAACAUGAAGGUUGGAAUACAGUUUGAAGAGGUAUUUGGAAAAAAAGACCAGUUUGUAAACACAAAUUUCUAUAAGCUCUGCCUUGUUAUGAUAUUAGCUGAAGAAAGAAACAAGAGUAAGGCAAUGAAAGAAUAUUUAAGACAAAACAGACACAUAGUUAGUAAACUAAAUAAAUUGUAG